AUGACAGAUCGAUUAAAAGAAAAUACUGAAAAAAUAUUACUCCAUGAUUGCAAUCAACAUUCAGCAAAUAGUAUUGUGGAAGAAUGUUUCAAUCGAUCAUAUGCGGCAAUUAAUGAAACAGUCUAUGCGCAAGGCGUUUAUUUUGCAACGAAUGCUAAAUAUAGUCAUGAUUAUAUUCGGGCUAAUCAAAAUAAUGAACGUUGUAUGUUUGUUGUGUUAAUUCUCGUAGAAAAAUCUAUUCUUGGAAAUACAUCAAUGAAAGUACCACCAAAAGGAUAUGAUUCAACAACAGAUAAUAAUCAAAUCUAUGUUGUCUAUCAUGGUGCACAAGCCUAUGCUGAUUAUUUAAUUACAUAUCAACAAUUUCCUCUUCCGAACUUAUUUUUCUAUAUACGACUCCAACAGAAAAAAUGUUGUUUUCAUAUAAUAAAAAACAAAAAAAUGAAGCACGAUUUUUGUCGUUAUUCUGAUAAAUGA